CAAAUCGUAGGAUCGAAAAGUGUGUGCGAAUUCGAUACAAGCUUCAAACCACUCGUAAUAAUUGUAAUUUCGAGAUGAAAAUACGUGAAGCCCUACUUGGAGCUGUUCACGCUCAUGGAGUCAACAUGGCACAAUGAAUCUGAAGUUGGCACAACUCUUUUACAAUCACUGUAAUUAUAAAAUGGAGUGAACGCAACUAUUAGAAAUAAGAGAAUCAUACGUGUUUGGAAGCUUCUUGAGACAGUGUCUAUAAACUGCACUACCAAGAUGAAUACCUGCUUCGUAGGCUAAAUCUGUUUUGCAUAAAUAACAUUCCUCAACAAGUCAUUUUUAUGAUUUAUCCACAAGAGGUACAAAGGUUACAUAGUGUGGCCGUUUGUGUUUUCACGGGAAACGUCUGAGACAUAGAUAGCAAUACGUUGUAAAAAUGCUAAUGUGCUGACUUUUCCUGGAGUUACAUUAGCAUCGAUAGCAGUAUAGAAACUCUUCAUAUGAAGAGUCACAGCUCUUCUGGUGUUGAAUGGCCGUGACACAUUUUGCCUCACCGGACACCUUCUAACUGAUAUCGUGGCCUAGACACAGUUUUAAGCCUUUUCUUAUUCGGCUGCUGGAAAGCUUUUCAUUAUCUGUCCAAAGUGACGUGACAGAUGGGAUAGACCUUAGCAACAGACCUUACUGAUGUCCCUGUCUGAUUCGCAGCCUUGUUCAAAAUAUCUGCCGAAACUCCAUCUGUCUUUUAUUUCCAAUGUAAAGGCAAGCUUAAAAAAUAGACACAAAAAAAAACAGUUCCCGCUGGGGUUGAUUUUCAAAAACCUGUCAGUAAGCUUUUGCAUAUAAAAUUGCUGGCUGCGCGUUGUCGUACGAUAUUAGCAUGAUCCAUAUAUGAAAUUUACUUGAAAGGGAACUUAUAUAAAAGUUUAUGUAGACUGUAAAAUAUAACUUAAUUUUUUUUAAUACCAAAGAAGCUAUUUUUACCUGAUUUAACUCAUAAAAAUGAGUUUUGCUGGUAAAGUUUUUUUAAUAAUAUUGUUUAUGUCACAAUUUGUGGGUUACGUUUUGGCUACCACUUUUUUUCUUUGGUUCCCCAAAGAACCUAUUUUCAGUGAACAGUAUAACUAUAAUAAAUUAGCUUUUCUUAGUGUAAAGAAUAUUUCAAUAAUGUUUUAAUAAUUGAUUUUAUUUACAUAUAAUGUAUUUAAUGUAAUAAUUGUCACUCAUUUGGAUUCGUUGUUGUUGUUUUCUCCUCUCCCAUGUGUUCUGUGUGCCCUACUUUCUGUUAAUUAUCCUAUUGGGUUCAGCUGUGUCUAGUUCAUUUAGUGAUUUUCUGUGUGUGUAUAAGUUCCAGUUUGCUUCUGUUUAAUCGUCCAUUCUUGCUGUUUAUUCGUGUGGUUGCCUGCCUGCGAUAUUGUUAUUUUGCUCGUUUGUAGAAGAUUAAAACUGUUAAAAGCGCCUAGCGCUUCUCUCUACGACCACACUGUGACGAUAAUCUUUAAAUAAUACAUUUUUUUUACAUUUUUUAUUUUUCCCAGUGUAAUAAACUAGCUGGCAUCACGGCUUCCCUUAAAUAGCCAAACAAGACUGUACAUGAAAAAUGAAAGCUAGAUUGCAUGCUUUUGAAAAGAGCGUUAAGCGCUGGUGUCUUUUGUUAGUGUAGUUGAUAUAAUAUCGAGAUAAACAAGGGCAGAUAUGUAUUUAUUAGCAGAUGUUCAAACAGUUCAAUGAUUGUGAGGCAAAUUGAAUGAUUGUGAGACAUCGGCAUGGGAUUAAUUAAACAAUGCGUGAUGAUUUGUUCGUCAAAUGUAAUUUCCGAUCAGUUCUGUGAUUUCCUAGUAGGUGACUAGGUAGCAUUCUCUCACCCUAAAAACAACUGAAAGUAAACACUCAUGCACAGACAUGCUCUUUAUCCAUUUACUCAACAAAAAAUCCGGUUUUAUGCAACAAGGGACUGCUGAGUGACACCGUAUUAAUAAAUCGUGGACAGUGUGCUACACAUAAUGGGAGGAGCUGAAGACAAAUUACAGUCUCCGCUGUCACUCUCUUAUUGAACCGAGGAUGCUGGGACAAAAGGUCUCUUGAACAGGUCUAAUAAUGCUUCAAGUGUCUUGUCCCGUGCUGAAAAGUGCUGACUGGCUGUUUUUUUAUGGCGGUAUUAUUACGUAAAUGUGUUCUUUGACGCCAGGUACAAGAAUUGUGACUGUUAGAAAGUUCCUGAAUUUUCUGUCAUUGGUAUUAAGUGCCGAGAGCCUGAAAUGGUCUUUCCUCGCUCUUGAAUAAAGUCCCUGGGCGUUUUACAAACAUAAAAAUGUCAUUUCCAAAGUCGAGAAUAUUUCCUCUGUGGUUUUGUCACUCGUUCUGCUGUGAGGCACGAUGCAUCAGAGACAUUGCUUAGAAGUCUUACGUAACAUACAGUGCUGACUCGCUUAACUAAUCUUUAAUAAUAACGUCCAAAAGUCUAAGACCACCAGUGAAGAUGUUUCUAUGCAUUUUUUCUGAUGUCUGAGUGAACAUGACUUGGAUAUCAUCACAUGAAUGAUUUACUUAACAUCAGUUUUAAGUAUGUGUAUGGGACCUUUUACUGUAAUUCAAGCUAACGUGGACAGUUUAUUCAAAACCUGAUGAUCAAGCAUGAUUUCAAGAGCACCUUGUUCUUCAAAAGAAAAAAGAACAUUUGACCUUUUUUUACAGGGGAGUUUAAAUGGCCAAUGUCACACAUUGUCUUAUUUGAUUAGUGACCUGUACUGCCAAAUCUUUAAUAUUUCUAUGCAUUUUUCCAUUUUCCUUUGUAAAAUUUUAACGGUUUAAAUGAAAUGUAAAUAUGUGAGAAUAAGGGUGGAGUAAACGCAUUGUCUGCAAGACUGCUGUAAUUUGACCUCUGUAGUUCCUAAGCUCUUAAGAAAAGGGUGAGGUUAUGAGUAAUACCUGUCUUUACAGGUCAAGACCGAAAAAUUAAAAAAUCAUCCUGUCUUAGCCAAUCACCAAGUAAGGAAGGCUGGGACCAGGUUGAUUUAUAACCUCUGGAGUUAAAUUUUCAUUAGCACAAAAUAUAUGCCUCCGGAACUAUCUACACUUAUCCACACUUAAUACAUACACUUGUUCAAGAAAAGUGUCUCUUGAUUAUGGUUAACCAGAGUAAAUCAUCUGCGAGGAAAAUGGUCAAGAAGUCUCUUAUGGCUGGUCUGGUGGUCUUGCUUGUGGCUGCAGUGGGUUUUUUCCUGGGUGUGUAUUUGGGAAUCGGAAACAAGAAACUCACUGUAUCCUCGGACCACUUCUACUCAAAAGCAGCCGUGGCAGCAGAUGCCGGGAAGUGCUCUGAGGUUGGAAGGGACAUCUUGAAGCGCAAUGGUUCGGCGGUUGAUGCGUCUAUUGCGGCUCUGUUGUGUGUCGGGCUGUUCAACGCGCACAGCAUGGGCAUCGGAGGAGGGCUGUUCUUCACCAUAUACAAUGCGUCAACAGGAAAGGUUGAGACAAUUGAUGCCAGAGAAACUGCUCCAAUGAACGCUUCAGAGGACAUGUUUGGCAAUAACACCCAGCUGUCACGAAAAGGAGGGUUGUCCAUCGCCAUACCAGGAGAAAUCCGUGGUUACGAGAUGGCGCACAAAAGACAUGGGAGACUGCCAUGGAGGGAACUGUUCGAGCCCAGUAUAGAAUUGGCACGCAAUGGUUUUCCAGUUGGCAGGGCCUUGGCCAACGCUAUUGCAAAAAACAAGGACUCAAUUCUGAGUGACGUUACAUUGUGUGAAGUGUUUUGUGACUCAGACAAAAACCUCCUGAAGGAAAAUGAUAUCAUUAGAUUUCUCAAACUUGCUGACACCUACGAGAAGAUAGCGGAAGAGGGGCCGGAUGUUUUUUACAAUGGAUCUAUGGCCCAGAAUAUAGUAGAUGAUAUCCAGGCUGCAGGAGGGAUUAUAACACUUGAGGACCUAAUGGAAUAUAAGCCAGUGUUGAAUGAGACCCCGCUCAAGUUAAAUGUGGGAGAGUACACCAUUAAUGUUCCUGAUGCUCCAUCCAGUGGACCUGUACUCGCUCUGAUUCUCAACAUAGUGGAUGGUUUCAACUUCUCAGACAGCAGCGUGUCCACAUCGGAGAAGAGGACUUUGACAUACCAUCGCAUUGUAGAAGCGUUUCGUUUUGCUUAUGCCAAGAGGAGUAAACUGGGAGACCCACGUUACCUCAACAUCACUGACCUCAUCCACAACAUGACCUCAGACUACUUUGCAGACAACAUUAGGAGUAAAAUUACAGAUGACACUACUCACCCAGACAACUACUAUGAUCCUGAGUACUUUGUCCCUGAUAACCAUGGCACGGCUCACCUGUCAGUUAUCGCGGAGGACGGGAGCGCGGUGGCAGCCACCAGCACCAUCAACCUUUAUUUUGGCUCGAAGGUGAUGUCACGCUCAACUGGCAUUAUUUUUAAUGACGAGAUGGAUGACUUCAGCUCUCCUUAUAUUACCAAUGGUUUUGGGGUUCCCCCUUCACCCAAUAACUUCAUUCAGCCAGGUAAAAGACCGCUUUCAUCGAUGUGCCCCACGAUAAUAUUUGACAAACACCAUAGAGUCAAAAUGGUGGUUGGGGCCUCAGGGGGGACGAAAAUCACCACUGCAACUGCUCUGGUGAUACUGAACUCACUGUUCUUUAACUAUGAUCUUAAAAAAGCAGUCACAGAGCCUAGAGUCCACAACCAGCUCAACCCCAACAUGACAGUUGUGGAACAGGACUUUGAGCAGAGCGUUCUUGAUGGCCUGGCUCAGAAGAAUCACGUAACAGAGCUGCAGAGGACCCCAGGAUCAGUAGUCCAGGCCAUUGUGAGACAAGGAGACAAACUCUGUGCCGAAUCUGACCCCAGGAAAGGCGGCUAUCCUGCAGGAUAUUGAACAACACUCCCUUUCUCCCUUCUCAAUCUUUGUGGGCCUUCAGUCAUUGGUGACACAGUCAAGAACCAUGAAAAAUGAAUAUAUACACGUAAUAAGGCAAUGCACCUCUCAGUCCAAACCAUCAACAUGGACCCCAAUGCACAAGGUUUGCACGAAGACUCCCUGUAUUUAUUAACAUUUCUUUUUUUCUUUUUGAUGGGAAAAUGUUUUAUCGGUAUCAACAGUGCCUAACUUUCAUAUUGAACGGUCUAUGAUAUUUCCAAGCUUAUUUAUUCCUUUUGUGUGUAGAGAAAGAGGAUUGAUUAUCAGUAUGUGGGGGUCCUUUGUUGUGUAAUGGAGUUCUUUGAGUUAAUGGAACACGUUAAGAUCGAUUCGAAAUGAGCAAUACAAAAUGUGACAAAGUCAGGGAAAUAAGUAUGAAAUUAAUCAUAGUAAUAAAAAUACUACUUUUUUUUUUUUUUGCAAAAAAAGUCAUGAAAAACAUGAUCUCUCGAAGCUUCUGUUUUUUCAUGGGACACACUGUAAUAAUAAAACACUGUGAAAAUGUGUGGAAACUCUAUUAUAUUAUUAAUAUAUAUAUCUAUCAAUAAGCUGAAUGUUUCAAUUAAAGCUCCAGCGUAUUCAUUUUUAAAUAGUGAACUGGAAUGGUACUAUUUUUAUGGUAAAAUCAUAGAACGGCGUGUACAGCUUCAGAUUACCUCACUGGACACGUUGGCCUCUGUAUACAGCCAUUCUCUCAUGAGAUGACUCGCAUAAUGUGAAAUGCUGUUAUUGUUAUGAGUAAAUGAUAUGUUUGUGUGAAAAAGACCUCAGUUCCAAGGCAGAAAGGCAUGUUCACUUCAGGUCUGUUAUUCUCUAAUGUUAGUCUCAUUGUACGUUUGAAUAUAAUUUAAAGGAAUAGCUCACUCAAAAAUGAAUUUGCUGAUAAUUUACAGACCAAGAUGUAGAUGAGUUUAUUCAUCCGACCAGAUUUGGAGAAAUUUAGCAUCGCAUCAGUCACCGGUAGAACCUCUGCAGUGAAUGGGUACCGUCAGGAUGAGAUUUCAAACACCAGAUCGAAACAAUUAAAGUGAAAAUUCUUUGUAAGGGACAAAUCCAUCAGAAUGUUUUAAAUUGAAACCAUUGCUUCUGUCCGUAAUCCAAAAUAACUCUUUCUUCAUUGGAAAAAGUCCAUCCUCUGUUGUCCUCUCACUUUAAAAUCCACUGACAUAUUUGUUUAUAACUGUUUUAGGCGGUUUUCUCUUGUAAACUGUGCUUGAUUUGUCCAUAUUUCUGUCCUGAAUCAGAUCAGAUAAGACAACUUUUUUUUACUAUAGAAAACAAUAUUAUCUAGAGACGAUGUGUAUUUUAGCCAGAAACAAUGGUUUGAAGUUUAAAAAAAUCAUGAUGGACUGGAGUAGUAUGUGGAUUACUUGUGGAUUAAUUUUUUUUUAUCAGCUUUUUGGACUCUCAUUCUGACGGCACCCAUUCACUUGCACAGGAUCCAGAGGAGAAAUGGUUGCAAUGCUAAAUUUAUACAAAUCUGUUCUAAUGAAGAUACAAACUCAACUACAUCUUGGAUGGUCUGAUUUUUAGAUCAUUUUCAUUCCUUUAAGGGUUAUCACUAAACUGUUUGUUGCCAAAUCAUAUAACUGCAGUAUCACCCUGUAUAAUGUACAGAUCACAUUAAUCUAUAUCAUGAAGCUAGAGAUGUUAAUGUUCAUCAUGAAGUGACCCUGUGGUGUUAAUGUAUAGUGCAUUCAGAGAAAUACAUGUGUAUAUAUUUUUUAAACAUCCACUGUUCUGUGGCUGUUGUUAUGCUGUUAAUUAAACUGUUUUUGGAC